ACCCAACACCCAUCCUCAAACUCACAUCAGAUGAUUCAGACAUGGCUCUGCUAACACUUUAAUAAUAGCAUGGAUUAAUUUUAGUUUCAAGUUUAGUUUUACUGCACCACCCCAUUUGUGGAAAACAACUAGCUUACUCAACAUUUUUUUCCUUUUAUAAAGGAGGGAAAGAACAGAAAAGUAGUAGGAGGAAAGAGAACAAGAGGUGAGUGAGGCAACUGAAAACUGCUCUUGGACCUGCGGUGCUGUAGGGCAGGCUCUUCUAGGUUGGAAGUUGCCAUGGAAUCUGGACCCAAAAUGUUGGCCCCCAUUUGCCUGGUGGAAAACAACAAUGACAAGCUGUUGGUGAACCAGCAAGCUAUACAGAUUCUUGAAAAGAUUUCUCAGCCAGUGGUGGUGGUGGCCAUUGUAGGACUGUACCGUACAGGGAAAUCCUAUUUGAUGAACCAUCUGGCAGGACAGAAUCAUGGCUUCCCUCUGGGCUCCACGGUGCAGUCUGAAACCAAGGGUAUCUGGAUGUGGUGCGUGCCCCACCCCUCCAAGCCAAACCACACCCUGGUCCUUCUGGACACCGAGGGUCUGGGCGAUGUGGAAAAGGGUGACCCUAAGAAUGACUCCUGGAUCUUUGCCCUGGCUGUGCUCCUGUGCAGCACCUUCGUCUACAACAGCAUGAGCACCAUCAACCACCAGGCCCUGGAGCAGCUGCAUUAUGUGACGGAGCUCACAGAACUCAUUAAGGCAAAGUCCAACCCAAGGCCUGAUGGAGUAGAAGAUUCCACAGAGUUCGUGAGUUUCUUUCCAGACUUUAUUUGGACUGUACGGGAUUUCACUCUGGAGCUGAAGUUGAAUGGUGACCCUAUCACAGAAGAUGAGUACCUGGAGAACGCCUUGAAGCUGAUUCAAGGUAAGAAUCCCAAAGUUCAAACAUCCAAUUUGCCCAGGGAGUGCAUCAGGCAUUUCUUUCCAAAACGGAAGUGUUUUGUCUUUGACCGGCCAACACAUGACAAAGACCUUCUAGCCAAUAUCGAGAAGGUGGCAGAAAAGCAACUGGAUCCCAAAUUCCAGGAACAAACAAACAUUUUCUGUUCUUACAUCUUCACCCAUGCAAGAACCAAGACCCUCAGGGAGGGAAUCACAGUCACUGGGAAUCGUUUGGGAACUCUGGCAGUGACUUACGUAGAUGCCAUCAACAGUGGAGCGGUGCCUUGUCUGGAGAAUGCAGUGAUAACUCUGGCCCAGCGUGAGAACUCAGCUGCCAUGCAGAGGGCAGCCGACCACUACAGCCAGCAGAUGGCCCAGCGAGUGAAGCUCCCCACAGACACGCUCCAGGACCUGCUGGACGUGCAUGCGGCCUGUGAGAGGGAAGCCAUUGCAGUCUUCAUGGAGCACUCCUUCAAGGAUGAAAACCAGGAAUUCCAGAAGAAGCUUGUGGAAAUCACAAUGAAUAAGAAGGGGGAGUUUUUGCUGCAGAAUGAAGAGUCCUCUGUUCAGUACUGCCAGGCUAAACUCAAUGAGCUCUCAAAGGGCCUAAUGGAAAGUAUCUCAGCAGGAAGUUUCUCUGUUCCUGGAGGGCACAAGCUCUACAUGGAAACAAAGGAAAAGAUUGAACAGGACUAUUGGCAAGUCCCCAGGAAAGGAGUAAAGGCAAAAGAGGUCUUCCAGAGGUUCCUGGAGUCACAGGUGGUGAUAGAGAAAUCCAUCUUGCAGUCAGAUAAAGCCCUCACUGAUAGAGAGAAGGCAGUAGCAGUGGAUCAGGCCAAGAAGGAGGCAGCUGAGAAGGAACAGGAACUUUUAAAACAGAAAUUACAGGAGCAGCAGCAACAGAUGGAGGCUCAAGAGAAGAGUCUCAAGGAAAACAUAGCCCAGCUGAAGGAGAAGCUGCAGAUGGAGAGAGAACACCUCCUGAGAGAGCAGAAUAUGAUGCUGGAGCACAAGCUGAAGGUCCAAAAAGAUUUGCUUGAUGAAGGAUUUAAGAAGAAAUCUGAGGAGAUGAAUGCAGAGAUAAAUCAAUUAAAACAUGUGAUUGAUACUACAAAAAAUGAUGAUACUCCCUGGAUUGCACGAACCUUGGACAAACUUGGCGAUGAGCUAACAUCAAUAUUGUCUGCUCCUGCUAAAUUAAUUGGUCAGGUUGUCAAAGGUGUGAGCUCACUCUUUAAAAAACAUAAGCUCCUCUUUUAAGGAUAUUAUAGAUUGUACAUAUAUGCUUUGGACUAUUUUUGAUCUUGAUCUGUAUGUUUUUCAUUUUCAUUCAGAAAAGUUGUUUUUUUUUCCUCAGACAGAGUCUUACUCUGUCGCCAAGGCUGGAGUGCAGUGGUACAAUCUUGGCUCACCGCAACCUCUGCCUCCUGGGUUCAAGAGAUUCUCCUGCUUCAGCCUCCUUAGUAGCUGGGAUUAUAGGUGCACACCACCACACCCAGCUAAUUUUUGUAUUUUUAGUAGAGAUGGGUUUUCACCAAGUUGGCCAGGCUGGUCUCGAACUCUUGACCUCAAAUGAUCUGCCUGCAUCGGCCUCCCAAAGUGCUGGGAUUACAGGCAUGAGCCACAAUGCCCAGUCCUCAUUUAGCAAAGUUUUAAACAUAAAAAGUGCUGGUUAGAGGAUAUCAGUGCCUGGCCCACAUGAGAUAGAAGAGAUCCAUACCCAUUUUGAAAAACUAUGUUCACUUUUAGGAAAUAUAAUUUUGAAAAAUCAUUUACAUACAAGAGGUCCACUGGGCCAUUGCUUUUAAUGGCAAAAUAUUGGAAUGUACUUGAAUGUUCUUCAAAUAAGAUUGGUAAGAUAAAUUUUAGUAUGUGCAUGUACUGGAAUAUUAUACAGCCAGUAAACAAAUUGACAGUGAAGCUCUAUUUGUACCAGUAAAGAAUGGUUAAUUGAAAAAUGAAAAAAAACAAGUUGUAAAGCAAUGUAGAUUAUCUUAUCACCAAUGAAAAAAUGCAAUUAUUAUAUGUGAGCAUGCAAAGAUAUCUCUGGAAAGAUUAACGAAAAUCUAUUAUUAUAGGCUCCUUCUGGGAAGAACCAGUUGAAUGUAUGGGUUGAAGGAACACAUACUCCUCACUUUAAACUCUUGAAUUUUGUAAAGAAAUCUUAUUUUACUUAUUCAGAAAUAAAUAAGAAAAUGUAAGAGACAAUGCUGAUAAUGAUAACAAUAAAAACAUAGUGAAACUGGCUAUCAGAUGAUGAAAUUGCUUGUUGCUUCUAGGAAUUCUAUCAGCCAGCCCAAUGAGGGGUCUAAGACUAAGAUCUGAGUACUAGAAUGCAAAAAAAUUGAAUCCUAUUCUUGUUUUCCUUUUGGCUUGGUUUUCGAUUACUUCUAUUUGUUUUCAGACUAAGGCAUACACUUUUCUGUGGCCUUUGAAAUCUCAGCUACAGUAGUCUCUACUUCCUUUCUCUGAAUUCAAGUGUUAAGGUGUUAGAAGCAUAAAUUACCAAACAUUAAGAUUAAGCACGGAUAACAGGGAUCCUGCCAGUCUUGUCAGUAGUGCUCUCUUUGCAGUAGCCUCAGAUAGAAAGGACAAUGUGCCUUUCCAGAACCGAACCCCCUGAUGGGGGAUGAUAGACCCAGACACAUAGAGACCUGGUGUUGACCCUUCAUUGUUAGAAUCUAAGAAGAUUCAUUUAUAGUAAUGAGUGGCAGACAGCUAGGCCUGAAUGAAUGACAUAAUUCUGAAGAUGGCCAAUACAGUGGACCAGCCAUAGGGUUAAACGGGAUGGGGAGAAAACAAUCAAGUGAAAUAAAUGCUGUCUACCAGGAGGUUGAGAGGUAGCCCCGAUAAAGUGUCACAUCCAUAGCCUUGAUCUGAGCUAAUUUCAGACCCUGAACUCAGCUGGAGUGGAGGGCAGUACCCCAGGAAAAGGACACUGCAAAUCCAGGACCCAAAUAAAUGAUAAUGAUUUCCCAAGUUCUCCCCCUAGGAAACCUCUGGAGCCAUUUACUGGAUACCCAUAUAGUAGGGAAAUACAAACACUCAAAUAUUUCAAGGACCCUUGGAAUCUGGAUCCAAGUUGCCCAUGGUACGCAGAUCAUGGAAAGUCAUCAUAAAAUACCUGUUAAAAUAGGAAGUUAGGGCCUCCAGGUAUAAAUGUAGUCUUGGCCCACAUGAACUUAUUGCAAUAUAGUAUUUGUUUCAAAUUAAAAGCUAAGGUUUGUUUGAAGACAGAUACCUUGCUUAUUUUUCUGUCCAUCCCCUUGGGAGUAUGUUGAGGCAUAGGAUGUGCUAAAUAAGCUUCUUUUAUAAAAACAAUAGGAUGAUGCAUGCAUGAUUAUUUUCAAUUGACAAAAUCUCAUGAACAUCCCAGAGAUCAGUGGUAAAAAGUUGUUUGAAUUCUCGACACCAGGUUAAGGUCUCUGAGGUGGUUUAAAGGCUACGAGGCCAGCUGCAGUGGCUCAUGCCUAUAAUCUCAGCAACUUGGGAGGCUGAAGCAGGCAGAUCACUUGAGGUCAGGAGUUUGAGACCAGCCUGGCCAACAUGGUGAAACCCUGUCUCUACUAAAAAUACAAAAAUUAACCAAGUGUGGUGGCACAUGCCUGUAAUCCCAGCUAUAUAGGAGGCUGAGGCAGGAGAAUCAUUUGAACCUGGGAGGCAGAGGUUGCUGUGAGCUGAGAUUGUGCCAUUGCACUCCAGCCCGUGCAACAGAGCCUGGGUGACAGAGUGAGGCUCUGUCUCAAAAACUAAACUAAUAUAAACUAAAAUAAAAGCUAUGAGAAGAAAAGAAAUUUUCCUGGUACAGUGUUGUUCUCUAGACCUCAUGUAUUACAGUCUCUGUGAAACUGGGCCAAAGAUGGAAUUUCGUUUUCUGUGCUUUAUGCAGUGACUCAGACAAAUCUAUGACCUCACACAAAUCUGUAACUUCAUGUAUCACAGUCUCUAUAAAAACUGUAUCAAAGAAAG